AUGAGCAAGAACGCCAACGAUGGGCCCAUCUGCACCUUCACCAAGGGAGCCCUGACCGGGUUCAUCGAGGCCAUCAUUUGCUACCCCACGGAGUUUGUGAAGACGCAGUUGCAGCUUCAGUCUAAAAGCAGCCCGGAGUACACGGGCAUGCUGGACUGCGCCAAGAAGACUGUGGCGGCCCACGGGCCUCAGGGCCUCUACCGGGGCGCCCUGCCAUUGAUCCUCGGCUCCUCGGGCAAGCAGGCGGCCCGGUGGACGGGGUACGAGACCACCGCCAACGCCCUGAAGGAUGAGCAGGGCAAGCUCACCAUCCCCAAGCGCAUGCUGGCGGGCGCCUGCGGCGGCGUCUCGGAGGCGAUCUUCGCUGUGACGCCCAUCGAGACCUUGAAGACCAGAGUCACGGAUGACAUGCGCCGCGGCACCAAGAACUACACCGGGUCCUUCGAUGCGGUGAUGAAGAUCUUGAAGAACGAGGGCCCGGCGGGCUUGUACAUGGGCCUGGUGCCCACCAUCGCCAAGCAGGCCACGAACCAGGCGGUAAGAUUCCCGGUGCAGUUCUACGCGAAGCAGUAUCUCACAGGAGGGGACAAGAGCCUGGACGCCAACCCCCUCUACAACGGCACCGCGGGCGCCUUUGCGGGCGCUGUGUCGGUGCUUUGCACCAUGCCCCAGGACACUGUGAAGACCAGAAUGCAGGGAGAGGAGGCCAAGAAACUCUACAAGAGCACCAUGGACUGCGCGAUGCAGAUCAUGAAGAAUGAGGGCCCCAUGUUCUUCUACUCGGGCACUUGGCCGCGCAUGAUCCGAGUAUCCCUGGAUGUGGGCAUCACCUUUGCCAUCUUCCCAGUCCUCGGCAAGCUGAUCUCCUUCCCCUACUGA